AUGGGACAGGAGGUUGACAUUAUCUACCUAGACUUCAGCAUAUCCUCUGAUACUGUUUCCCAUGAACUUUUCUCAACCAAGUUGGAGGGUACUGGUCUAGAUCAGGCUAUAGGAGCACCCCAAUCUGAUGAAGGCUCUGACAUAGAUUCUGAACCAGAUUUACCUUUAAAGAGAAAGCAGCGCCGUAGUCGAACAACUUUCACCGCAGAACAACUAGAAGAACUGGAAAGAGCGUUUGAGAGGACCCAUUACCCGGAUAUAUACACACGGGAAGAACUUGCACAAAGAGCCAAACUUACUGAGGCUCGAGUUCAGGUCUGGUUUAGUAACCGUCGAGCUAGAUGGAGGAAACAGGCAGGGGCCAAUCAACUGAUGGCUUUCAACCACUUGAUCCCAGGAGGCUUUCCACCCACUGCCAUGCCAACCCUGCCAACAUACCAGCUGUCUGAGCCCUCCUACCAACCCACCUCCAUACCACAAGCUGUGUCUGAUCCAAGCAGUACAGUUCAUAGACCUCAGCCUCUUCCUCCGAGCACUGUGCACCAAAGCAGCAUCCCUUCAAAUCCAGAAAACAGCUCUGCAUAUUGCCUACCCAGCACCAGGCAUGGAUUUUCCAGCUAUACAGACAGCUUUGUGCCUCCAUCCGGGCCCUCAAAUCCCAUGAACCCUGCCAUUGGCAAUGGCCUUUCACCUCAGGUAAUGGGACUCUUGACUAACCAUGGUGGUGUACCUCACCAACCCCAAACCGACUAUGCCCUCUCACCUUUAACUGGGGGCCUAGAACCAAGCACCACUGUAUCAGCCAGUUGCAGUCAGAGACUAGAUCAUAUGAAAAGUUUAGACAGCCUGCCUACAUCCCAAUCGUACUGCCCACCAACCUACAGUACUACAGGUUACAGUAUGGACCCCGUCACAGGCUACCAGUAUGGACAGUAUGGACAAAGUGCCUUUCAUUAUCUGAAGCCAGAUAUUGCAUAAAUGAACUGUCCGCUUCAAGUUAAAGCUGGUCUUGUUUCUGGUCUCACUCCAAUGCUUGGAUAGGAGGAAUCUUCUCACUGACACGCAGCCCAAACCAGGGCAAUCACAAUAAAGAUACAUGAUUGUUAUGUGCUUUUCUCCCGUCAUUACUUUCAGUAGACAUUCAGACAUUAGGACAAAACAGUUCAGAAGACAAAGACCAAGAGCAGUAUUAAAUAAACAAAUGCAGCUUGGUUCAGUAUGGGCAGGUAUCAAAACUAGCAAAGUAUUUAAAACUGCUGACUGACAAAACAUUCCAUUUUAUGUUGCCGAAAAAAGCAGGCGUUGAUUUGAACGGAUGGAAUGUUCUAAAACGUAACAGUUGAUCCCUGUAGAUUCUGACUCGUCUGAUAUCCAAUGCUGACUUUACGAUGACUUUAAAACUGCUCAGUUUAUGAAGCAUGGGCAGGAGAACUUUUUAAAAGUUUACACACUGGAAAUUGACAUCAAGAGGAAAUGUUGCAGUCAGUAGGAUGCUAGGAUAGAUGUAAAAGGCUUCCAGAAUAAGUUAUUGGUUAUCUUAUCACUCUUUUGUAAUUAUGUUGUCAAUAAAUGUCACUUGCAAGUUUUGCUUUACAACAAAUGAGAUGAUGUGUAACACAAAGAAAGUUUUGCCUUUUUUUUGUGUGUCCAUGUUACAUUCUGAAUCAAAAAAAGGAAAAAAAUCACCAACAAAGUGACUUUGUUUUCCAUAACUGCCUAACAAUGUGCAAUACUGUGUACCUCACACAAACUUUGGGAUCAUCCAAAGUGAUAGAUAGAAUCAGAACUAUAUUUUUCCAGGUACUUUUAUUUUUGCAGUAUAUAAUUCAUUGUAAUAAAAUGCAGAAGUGUUGUAGUCUGAUGGUCAAUAGAAAUCCAGCUCACUAAUCAUGAUUAAAAACCAUUUUCAGGAAACCAUACAAUGAAAUGAUUACGUUUACAUUCUUUUUUUAGUGACCUACAGGACGUGAACUGAGAUAUUCCUAUACCUGAUGUGUUCUCUUAAAUUAUACAGUGAUAUCCAAUAUAGGAAAAAAUAGGAACCAAGGUUUACAUAAGUUUAUGUUGUGACAUUUUAGAAUGUCAAUAAAUUUGUGUUUUGAAAUGUUAAGAGGAACAGAAAAAUGGAAGGCAGCGUUAUUUAUUUCUCUUGAUUCUUGGUACAAUGAGUGAGGUAGGGCACAAAUACAUUCCUUUUAGUGUUAAGGACUAUGAAGUAGUGAGUUAGAUUAGGUAUAGUACAGAGAUUAGGUCGCACAUUAGUCUUAAAGGGUGAUGGAACAAAAGAAAUAUUAUCUUUGUGUUGCAGCCUCUACCAACAGCACGUGUUGUAAAAAUGUCUUUCAUGUAAAAAGUGCAGUAAAUAUUUACUAUUUAUAUUGAAUAAACAGUUAUGAAGACUUGCAAAGCA